AUUAGUCCAGCCUUUACACCGGUUAAAUAAGCUCAUGUUAGAGACAGCCCUUCCAUGUUGUGAGCACAUUAACAGUGAAAGGAUUCCCUGCCGCUCCACACACAGCGCUACGUUUUGCCGCCGAAUUUCCUCCACCUGGUCCACGAGCCCUGUUGUUCUGAUAUUGACUCUGCUUUGUCUCCUCCGCCACACACUGGAGCCGUCACACUGGAGCCGUCACACAUCUCCACCUUCAAACACUUGUGACCAACAAGUCCAGUCUGCACUUGAACUGGAUACAAAACGUGUCCGUUUUUUUUGCUUCAGUUUUCCAUUUGUGUUUUUUUUUAAAUGAUACAAUGUCGUCUUUGCCAGGAACGGUACCGCGGAUGAUGCGCCCGGCUCCCGGACAGAACUAUCCCCGCACUGGAUUCCCUCUGGAAGUGUCCACUCCUCUGGGCCAGGGGCGGGUCAACCAGCUCGGAGGGGUCUUCAUUAACGGCCGACCGCUUCCCAACCACAUCCGACACAAGAUAGUGGAGAUGGCCCACCACGGGAUCCGGCCCUGCGUCAUCUCCCGCCAGCUGCGCGUCUCUCACGGCUGCGUCUCCAAGAUCCUGUGCCGCUACCAGGAGACCGGCUCCAUCAGGCCCGGGGCGAUAGGAGGCAGCAAGCCCAGGCAGGUUGCCACGCCGGAUGUGGAGAAGCGGAUAGAGGAGUACAAGCGGGACAACCCCGGCAUGUUCAGCUGGGAGAUCCGGGACAAGCUGCUGAAGGACGGGGUGUGUGACAGAAGCACAGUUCCUUCAGGUGAGGCUUCCUCUGUGAGUUCGAUCAGCCGUGUUCUUCGAGCUCGAUUUGGAAAAAAGGACGAUGAAGACGAGUGUGAUAAAAAGGAUGAAGACGGAGAAAAGAAAAGCAAACACAGCAUCGACGGCAUACUGGGCGACAAAGGCAGUCGGAUGGAUGAAGUGUCAGACGUGGAGUCGGAGCCUGACCUCCCCCUGAAGAGGAAGCAGCGCAGGAGUCGCACCACGUUCACUGCAGAGCAGCUAGAGGAGCUGGAGAAGGCUUUUGAAAGAACCCACUACCCCGACAUCUACACCAGGGAGGAGCUGGCCCAGAGGACCAAACUCACAGAGGCCAGGGUCCAGGUUUGGUUCAGCAAUCGAAGGGCCAGGUGGAGAAAACAGGCAGGAGCUAAUCAGUUAGCGGCUUUCAACCACCUGUUGCCGGGCGGAUUUCCUCCAACAGGAAUGCCAACUAUUCCUACAUACCAGCUGCCUGAGUCCAGCUACUCAAGCAACAAUCUGUCCCAAGACGGUGGUGGCACAGUUCACCGUCCCCAGCCGUUACCUCCAUCUACCAUGCACCAGAGCGGUCUGUCUAGCACUGACAGCAGCUCUGCCUAUGGUCUGGCCUCCAACCGCCAUGGCUUCUCCAGCUAUCCUGACUCCUUUAUGAGCUCAGCAGCACCCAGCAACCACGCCAACCCUGUCAGCAAUGGACUUUCCCCACAGGUGAUGAGCAUCCUGAGUAACCCCAGCGGUGUUUCCUCACAGCCACAACACGACUUCUCCAUCUCACCGCUCCACAGUGCCUUGGACUCCUCUUCAUCCAAUGCAAUCUCAGCCAGCUGCAGCCAGCGUUCAGCUGAGGCCUCCAUUAAGAUGGUGGACAGCCUUCCAUCAUCUCAGUCCUACUGCCCCCCCACAUACAGCACCACCAGCUACAGCAUGGACCCAGCUGUGGCUGCUGCCGGCUACCAGUACAGUCAGUAUGGCCAGACAGCUGUGGAUUACCUGGCCAAGAACGUGAGCUUGUCCAGUCAGCGCAGGAUGAAGCUGGCUGACCACUCAGCUGUGCUGGGACUGCUGCAGGUUGAGACUGGCCAGGCCUACUAGCACUCACCAGACAUGCAACAUGACACCUGGUCACCAGCACAACCCACACCUCCUGCUACCAUCCAUACAAAUCUCCCAGAAACUUUGUGUGUGUGCCUGCGUGCGUGCAUGCGUGCGUGUGUGUUGGGCUGAUUUUAUACUUUAUUUGAUGUAACUGUUUAUCCAGGGUUUAAGGAUUAAAUGAUGCAGCUGUCCAAGCUUUAAACAUUCCCAAUGGGACCGACCAAAGCCACUGUAAGAAUAUUGUUUGAUAUUUGUUGUUCAUAUUGCACGACAGCAAUAACUAGUGAUAUAAACAAUACUAUGUAAAUCCUGAGCCAAUCAAUUUAGACUGGGCGACCUGCUAUUUAAAGACAUAGACUUAGACUUAGACUUAGACUUCUCUUUAUUAAUCCUUUUGGGAUGACUCCCGUGAGGAAAUUGAAAGUUCCAAAAGUAACUAUGUGGAACAAUUUAAUGUUUCUGAAACUGUUUAAUUUUUCAUCUGAUGAUCAUGAAUGACCUGUAACAUCAAACAACUAACAGUAAAGGGUAGCAGGAGAUUUGCAUAGGCCUAAUUGUGGGUACCAAUUUAUUUUCAAAGUUACCUGUUACACUGGGGCAGUAUCAGCCAUAGUAUGAUUUGGUAUGAUAUUCUGUCUGAACAAAACAUUCUUUGUAACUAUAUGACCCCCCGGUAACACUGACUCAGUAAUACAGUGGGUAACACAGCACCAGCCGGCACGCGCUAGAGAAAAUCUUUGAGACAGCAGGUAAAAACACUACCGCUACAAUCAUCACAAACCUAAAGGUCCUCAUAGUAAGAGCUCAUGUUGGCUGAGUCCUGCAGCGGCGCGGGUUCAAGUCCGACCUGCUGCCCUUUGCUGCAAUAUACAUUUCUGGUUGUGUCGUCAGACAACUGCACGUGUGAUUUGAUUACAGCUCAGGAAUAUUAGCUCAAAUUUUAGUGUGUGUACUUCUGACCACUCACAGCAUCACGGAUGGGUGAUGAGAAUUCAAACCGCUGGUUUAGCAGAAACAAGAUGUUGAGCUGCUGUCUUUAAGAAAUUACCACCCAAAUAAACUGAUUGGUCCUGGCUUAAUUUUAGUGUUCUAAAUUCUAAACAUUUCUUUCACUUUGAGAAGAAUACAUUUUCAGGGUAACCCUAAAUACAUUGUAUUUUUUAUGUGAAACUUAACUUUAUAGAUAGUGAUUAUCAGUACAAGAUAUCGGCAGUUUAAAAAAAGUGUCAGCCUUCAGGAACCCGUAUGUGUGUGUGUGCGCAUGCGUGUGUAUAAGAAUCUAAGGGAGAUAAAACACCUCUGUAGCAGACUGAUGUGGACUAAUUCAACCAUUCCUAAAGAGAUGCCUCUGUUCUGACACUGCAGUCCCUCUUAUCAAACAACAGGAAUUCGGGGGUCGGAGGUCAAACAAAGCUUCGGACUGAUUAGCUGACACUCGGUAUGACCUUCACUCCACGCCUGGAUGCAACCAAACCUUUCUCCACGCAGCUUGGUACAAAUCAUGACACUUCCUUUCUUUUGAUUCCUGUUCAUUUAAUGUCUACUAGUAUGUAUCUAUGAAAAUAACCACUCGUUCCAUGACAUGCCAACACCAACUGUUCUAAAACACUUUUUGGAUAAGAAAUGGAUUUUGAUGAUUUAUCUGCAAUUACAAUUGGACUAGUUACCAGUGUUGUUUAAUAUCACAGAGUAGCUCUUCAUUCUUGCUACUUGAGGAAAUGUUUUCAUGUCAUCUGCCCAUCACAACUAAAGUAUGGUUUAGGAUGGUUACAGACGCUUUGCUAUAGUGCCUAUGUCUGGAAUCCUAAAGUGUUCUCCAAACUAUGUUGCUUUGUUCAGACGCUAAACAGUUUGCGGAUGAGUUUCAACAACAGUGACCUGAGAGGAAAGUUGGGUGUUUCAAAAAAAUCUGCAGUGAAUAAGUUCAUUAAGAUUGCGUAACUGCUGAAAUAUUUAAUUAUGUUGGCCUCAACUACAGAGAGAACCACGCCUUCAUCUGGAAUUAUGUACAUGAGGUCUGGUUUUGUGAUUUCCUAUGAAUAUAUACAUUUUUUUAAAUCAUAUUUCAGUAUAAGAAGCCUCUCUGUUUUCUGAUCUGCUCCUGUCUUAAUUUGCAGAUGACACAAAUUCAUUACUUCUUCCAUGUUUACCUCUUGUCUCCAUCCAUUCUCUUCUUCAUUGUUCUUCUCAUCACUGGUAAGCGUGAUAGAAGAGUUUUGUUGUUUUCCCGCAUAGAUCUUUCAAAUGAAAACAUCCAGCAAAAAGCAUAAUCCUCUCUUUUUAAUGUGAAGUAUUCAGGAAGUAUUCCAUUUACAUCCACUCUGCAGAGUAGAGGCAACUGGAAAUAAGUAUUUGUCUUAAAAAUAGACACGCUCAGUUCUCUUAGCCUUCCUUAUUUAA